AUGGGUGAUACGAAUGGACAAGUAGUAGCUGGUGGCAAUGGCCAAGGAAAUCGAUUGAAUCAAUUAAAUCCACCAAGCGAUGUAUUGAUCGACAAAGAGACGGAUAGUUCCAUUAUUUGUGAUCGAGGAAAUCGACGAGUCGUACGAUGGUCUCGUCGUAGUAGUACAACUCAAGGAGAAAUCCUCAUCGACAACAUCUAUUGUUGUGGAUUGACCAUGGAUAAUCAGAGAUAUCUCUACAUCUCUGACACCGGCCAACAUGAAGUAAGACGAUAUCAAAUAGGAGACAAGAAUGGAACUAUCGUGGCUGGUGGCAAUGGCGAAGGUGCUGGUCUCAAUCAACUCAACUGGCCGACCUACGUCUUUGUCGAUCAACAACAGACUGUCUACGUGUCAGACAAUAGAAAUCGUGUAAUGAAAUGGAAUAAAGGUGCAAAAGAAGGAAUUGUCGUCGCUGGGGGUCAAGGCGAAGGAAAUGCUCCGACACAAUUGUCACAUCCUCACGGACUGUUCGUCGAUACAUUGGGUACCAUCUAUGUGACAGAUUCAGCGAAUCAUCGAGUGAUGCGUUGGCCUAAAGGAGAGAAAAAGGGGACUGUCAUUGCGGGUGGAAAUGGCUCAGGAGCAGGAGCAAAUCAGUUGAGCCAUCCCAUGGGUUUGUCCUUCGAUCGUCAUGGCAAUCUCUAUGUCGUCGACGAGUAUAACAAUCGUGUUCAACGUUUUUCAAUCGAAUAG